CCUUUCUCUAUCGUAGUGAACAAACACAAGCCAUGGAUUGAGACGUCGUACCAUGGGGUAAUCACAGAGAACAUGGAUAUCGUCCUACUGGACCCUCCCCUGGUGGCCCUGGACAAAGACGCCCCCGUGCCCUAUGCAGGGGAGAUCUGUGCGUUUAAGAUACAUGGUCUGGAGGCUCCGUUCGAGGCAGUGGUGCUGAAUGGGACAUCUGGUGAGGGCCAGCUGAGAGCCAGAGGCCCGGUGGACUGUGAGCUGCAAAAGGAGUACACCUUUAUCAUCCAGGCCCAUGACUGUGGAGCAGGACCUGGGGGCACCGGGGGGAAGAAGUCACACAAGGCAGUGGUACACAUCCAGGUGAAUGAUGUGAAUGAGUUCUCUCCAGUGUUCCGGGAGGCCCAGUACCAGGCGGCUGUGACAGAGGGGAAGAUCUAUGACAACAUCCUGCAGGUGGAGGCUACAGACCAGGACUGUUCUCCUCAGUACAGCCAGAUCUGUAACUACCAGAUCACCACCUCCAACACACCCUUCGCCAUCGACCGCAAUGGUAACAUCAGGAACACAGAGAAGCUGAGCUUUGAUAAGCAGCAACAGUAUGAGGUCCUGGUCACAGCCUUCGACUGUGGACAGAAGAGAUCCACAGAGAGCGUGGCGGUACACAUCGACGUUAAACCUGUCUGCAAACCUGGCUGGCAAGGCUGGAACAAAAGAGUGGACUAUGAGCCAGGCACAGGCAGCAAGCAGUUGUUUCCCAAGAUGCAUCUGGAGACGUGUGGAGGGCCUCUCUCCUCAGUGAGGACCAUGGUGGAGCUACAGACCAGCCAUAUUGGGAAGGGCUGCGACCGGGAGACCUACUCUGAGAAGUCUCUGCAAAAACUCUGUGGGGCCUCGUCGGGCAGCACAGACCUUCUCCCUGCUCCCAGCGUCUCCACCAAUUGGACUGCUUCCCUUGUGACAGACAGUGGGCGGGACAGCGACCUCAUCUUCCGGUUUGACGGGCGGCAAGCAGCAAAGAUUCCUGACCAGAUGGUGCCACAGAACCUGACGGAUCAGUUCACAAUCGCCACGUGGAUGAAGCAUGGACCCACUCCUGGACUGAGGGCGGAGAAAGAGACCCUGCUCUGCAACUCUGAUAAGACAGAGAUGAACAGACACCACUACUCCCUUUACGUCCAUAACUGUCGUCUGGUCUUCCUGCUCCGGAGAGACUUCGCCCAGGUGGACACCUUCAGACCUGCAGAGUUCCACUGGAAACUGGAGCAGAUCUGUGAUAAGGAGUGGCACUAUUACGUCAUUAACGUGGAGUUUCCUGUGGUGACACUCUACGUGGACGGAGUGACCUACGACCCUUACCUGGUGACAGACGAUUGGCCGAUCCACCCAUCUCAGAUUGACGUGCAGCUUACUUUGGGUGCCUGCUGGCAAGGUGGUGAGGUGACGAUGCCGCGGUUCACUCAGUACUUCCGGGGCAGUCUGUCAGGGCUGACCAUCAGGCCAGGGAAGAUAGAGAGCCAGAAGGUAAUCUCCUGUCUACAGGCCUGUAAGGAAGGACUGGACAUCAACUCACUGGAGAGCCUGGGCAAGGGCAUCAAGUUCCACUUCAACCCAGCCCAGUCGAUCCUGGUGAUGGAGGGCGAGGAUCUGGAGAACAUGAACGCUGCUCUGAGGAAGGUCUCCUACAUCAACUCCCGCCAGUUUCCCACACCGGGCAUCAGACACCUGCACAUCUCAACCUCAGUACAGUGUUUUGGGGAGGACACGUGUAUCUCCAUCCCGGACAUCGAUGCAGUGGUGAUGGUGCUGCAGCCCAGUGAACCCAGGAUCACCAUAGCUGGGGUGGACAGACUGACCAGGCCAGCAGCUGACGUCAGAGGACCAGCCGGACUCACUCUGUUCCAGGACCUUCACAUCAUCAGUACUGUCACCAAGGGAGACACAGCCUCACACCAUACAGCGGGCAGGCUGGGGGUCCAGGAGGAGAUCAUCCAUAACCUGGACUACUGUGACAUCCUGGUGCUGGGGGAGGAGCUGAGGCCGGAGCAGGAGGGUCUCCAGCUGCAGCGUAGCACCCUGCUGGGGAAACACCUGGACGCCACCAACUCCACCUCCGGCAUGUCUAUAUACGGUGUGGACUCCAUGUCCAACUAUGAGCAGGUGAUCAGACAGGUGCAUUACCACAACUGGCACCCCACCCAGACCCCAGACAGGAAGUUCCGUCUCACCUGCUCCGAGCUCAACGGACGCUACACCAGCAAUGAGUUCACCCUGGAGAUCAGUGUACUCCACAAAUCAGAGGCUGGGGAGCAUGUCAAUCACAUGGUAGCCCCGCCCCAGUACAUGCAAGUGGUUCAUCAUCCGGCCAUGGUCCACAGUCUAUACCCCACACACGGUUCAGGAGUCCCCAGUGCUGCCACAGUGGUGAUAGUGAUCUGUAUUGCCGCCCUGGUGGUGGUGGUUGUGCUAGGCAUCUACCGUAUUCACCUGACACACCAACAGGAGGGCAGGAGCUCAGACACAACCAAGGAGGGAGAGCUGGACUGGAACAACUCAGCGCUCAAUAUCACAGUCAAUCCUAUGGAGAGCUUCCAGGAGCCCCAAGGAGCUGAGGAAGAGGCCAGUGAGGAGGAGGAGGAAGAUGAAGAGGAUGACAUCACCAGCACAGAGUCAGACGACAGCGAGGAGGAGGAGGUUCAAGGAGCUCCCAGGGUACAACAGAGCAGCAAGAGGGGCCAGCUGGACUGAAUAAAAUUAUACAUACAUACUGAUAUACACACUGAUGCACACACAUACACACUGAUGUAUAUACACACACGCUGAGGCGUCAACAUACUCACUACUAUAGAAUAAAUUGUUCAAGUCAUGAGACUACCUGAGAUUUCUCUGAGUUGGGGUAACAUCUCCCCCUACUGGUGAAAAAAUGAAAUGGUAUUAAGAAUAGAAUGAGCACUAAAGUGAAAACACACACACACACAACACCAGUCUGAAUUUAAAAAGACUCCUUUCCUUUAUGUCAAACUAUGUGGUGUUAACUAAAGGCUACCCUGUGGUACUCCAAUGCUGUAAUACUAUCCUGUGGUCUUGAGUACCUCAGACCUCAAGCCCUCGUCCACAAGCUGAAACCUUACCUACUGUUUUUUACUGAGACUGUGAAAAAAAGACAACAAAAUGUGAAAAUACUGUAUACAACUGAAAUUGCUUGUCAAACAUCUGUUUUCCACCUAUUUUUUCAGGGUCUAAAAUCUUGUCUGAAAAACUGUGGUCCUAUAGGUCGCUGUGAUCUUUUGUAAUGGUAACAACCAACUAAUGAAACAAAUACCAAAUGAUAGUCUUUGGGUGGAGUUUUCCUUUAAGAUGGUACAGUCCAGUAUAGGAGAACACCUUCGAUCCUUACCUUGAUACACUAUUUUGGAAAAGUAUGUGGACACCCCAUCAAAUUAGUGGAUUUGGCUAUUUCAGUCACAUUCGUUGCUGACGGGUGUAUAAAAUCAAGCUCACCGCCAUGCAAUCUCCAAAGACAAACAUUGUCAGUAGAAUGGCCCUACUGAAGAGCUCAGUGACUUUCAACAUGGCACCGUCAUAGGAUGUCACCUUUCCAACAAGUUAGUUCAUCAGAUUUCUGCCCUGCUAGAGCUGCCCCUGUCAACUGUAAGUGCUGUUAUUGUGAAGUGGAAACAUCUAGGAGCAACAACAGCUCAGCCACAAGGGGAAGGCCACAGAAAGGGAACGCCGAGGACUGAAACUGAAAAAAUGAUGUCCUCGGUUGCAACACUCACUCCCGAAUUCAAAACUGCCUCUGGAAGCAAAGUCAGCACAAGAACUGUUUGUCAGGGGCUUCAUGAAAUUGGUUUCCAUGGCCGAGCAGCCACACACAACCCUAAGAUCAUCAUGUGCAAUGCCAAACAUCAGCUUGAGUGGUGUAAAGCUCACUGCCACUGGACUCUGGAGCACUGGAAAAAUGUUCUCUGGAGUGAUGGAUCACUCUUCCCCAUCUGGCAGUCCGACAGACGAAUCUGGGUUCCAGUAGAACGCUACCUGCACAAAUGCGUAGUGCCAACUGUAAAGUUUGGUGGAGGAGGAACAAUGGUCUGGGGCUGUUUUUCAUGCAUCGGGCUCGGCCCCUUAGUUCCAGUGAAGGGAAAUCUUAUCGCUAAGGAAUACAAUGCCAUUCUAGAUUAUGCUAUGCUUCCAACUUUGUGGCAACAGUUUGGGAAAGGCCCUUUCCUGUUUCAGCAUGACAAUGCUCCCGUGCACAAAGCAAGGUUCUCAUGCAAUUGCACACCCUAUAGAACUGUUGUGCAACAUUAGCUCAUGGGCUCUCAUGAAGUGUUUGAUUAGAUUUGCGAUUACAUUUGCAUUGAUGUGAGAGUCAUUAGAGGGACAACAGAGUGCUGAGGACCAGGCAGUUAGCAAGUUUGGUAGACUACUAAUUACCAUCAGCAGCAUAAGAGCUUGGAGAAGCCUAAUUACCAUGACUAAGCGGUCAUUUGGAAUUUGACUGCCUUCAUGACUCGUGACCGCCAGUGUGGCGGUAAUAAGGUCACCGCAACACCCCUACAUACAGAAAUGGUUUGUCGAGAUCGGUGUGGAAGAACUUGACUGGCCUGCACAGAGCCCUGACCUCAACACCAUCUAACACCAUUGGAAUGAAUUGGAAUGCCGACUGCAAGCCAGGCAUAAUCUGCCAACAUCAGUGCCCAACCUCACUAAUGCUCUUGUGGCUGAAUGGAAGCAAGACCCUGCAGCAAUGUUCCAACAUCUAGUGGAAAUCCUUCCCAGAAGAGUGGAGGCUGUUAUAGCAGCAAAGGGGGGACCAACUCCAUAUUAAUGCCCAUGAUUUUGGAAUGAGAUGUUUGACGAGCAGAUGUCCACAUACACUACAUGACCAAAAGUAUCUGUGUUCAGUAUAUCAUACCUUUUGUCUAUUGCAUCAAAUUAAAAUUUAAGACAAAAUAAGAAAAACUUAUUUGCAUUGAUUUGCAAUAUUUUAAUACCUGAAAAAUAUGUUGGGUUUAUUGCAAUGGAACAUAUUUGAUUUAUCACUGCGUAUUUAAGCCUGGAUGAUGUGUCUAGGUGAUUUUACAUUUGGUGUAACCAAUGGCACUAAACAAUCUUUAUUUGGUUUUUUUAUUGGUGUCCUUUUGGAGAUGUUGUAGUUACUUGAGGCAUAAUCAUGCAGUUGCAACGUUACAGAAUGUGCAUAUAGAAAUAUGUUGCAUAGAAAAGACACGUUUCUCUGUCAUGCAAAACAAUAACCAUGUCAGCUAUAUGCUUUUAAUUUUUCUUCAAUAUUCUGUACCCAACUGAAUAAGCACCCAGGUGAAAGUUGACCUUGCCUGUUUUUUUGGACACACUAUAAGAGAGAAGGAACCUUGUACAUUUUGAUAUGUUCCUCUUACCUGUACAUACUGACUAGAGUAGGUGACCCUGCCCUGAACCUAGCAAAGCCCCUCCCUCUGUAUGUAUGUAUGCACAUGUAUCUCUAUGUACUAACCCACCCAUGUCAUUUAAUUCUGUUCAUAUCACACCAAACCCACCCCUCUCUAUAUGUUUGCAUCUCAAUGUUCAGUUCAUUCCAAAUGGCUGUGCUUUCUGUCUCUGUUAAGACAGGCAAGACAAACAGACACCGCUGUUCCUACAUUUCAGGAUGGGAGACAACAGUGGGAAAUUAUCAUGGAGGUUAAACCCAACUGAAACUGGUUAAUGGGCAGGGCAUGUAUAGGGUGUUGUCUUCUGUCUUUCUGUAGUCAAUCCCAGCAAUCCCCCUUACCCCCAUCAUACACAGUCCACCUAUUACAAAACGUUGUUUAACCUGCCAUGAGGACAAAUAGAAUGUUUCUAUUUUCUUCAUUUGGGUAUUUGACUGUGUGACCCUGCUUGAUGUAUUCCUUCCCGGGGAUAGUCCUUUGGUUCUAGCUGUACCCGUAUGUAUCCCCUUUGAACUCUUGCUGGACUUUGCAUCAAUCCUCCCCAAUGUUCUCCCAACGUUUGAUUUAGAACAGUGGUCACCAACAUUUGAGUCAAGAUCACUUUCGCAGUCAGAAGGCAAGCCAAGAUCUACCACUCAGAUAAUGAUUUUUACAUUAACCUAAUAAAAACAUCUCUGUAGGAAUGAGAUUUGUGCAGCACACAAUACAUUAUCUUAGCAUAUUGGCUAUAUGCCUGCCCUGACAAUAUUGUUAUUCUCGACCAUAUUAUAUUUCAAAACUCGAGCUAAUAGAUCAGUUGGUGUAGCACUUGUGAGGCACAAUCCUAUUUAACAAGACUGAUGGUACAGUACCUGCAUCUGAUGGUCAUGGUGAUUUUAAGACAACUGGGAACUCUGAAUAAACGAGGUCAAACCAAGAAGUCAGUGAACUUCAGGUCGGGAAGUCGGAAGUUCUAGAAAGAUGCCAGCGUUUACGAGUUGGAUGACCAUUUAAAACUAUUUUCCAAAAGUCGGAUAUUGCUUUUUCCGAGUUCCCAGUAGUCUUGGACGAUUACAAGUCAAUGAAUCUCGAGUUCCCAGUUAUUUUUAAAAAACAGUCUCAGUGGGUGGAAGUGAGCAGCAGACGGUCCUUGCUCUCUCCUUCCUUUCCUCCAGUGAGACUGACCAGAGAGAGGGGACACAGUCUUCCACCUGAUGGCAAAACUCGAGUCGCACCACAUCUGCCUCGGCACAAAUUCAUGUUGUUCCUAUGACCAGCGAAAGUGAAAUACUCCUCGAUAUUAAAAUACACACGACGAGCUGCUAAUAAUAAUAAUAAUAAAAACGCAGGGCUAGCCAUACACUUGGCUACUCAUUCAUUUUCCGGGGUCGUGGAAGUAGGUAGGCACCGUGAAUUGAGCUAUCCGAUUGGCCAGCACCAAAAGCGCACUCGAUUUAGCCACAUAUCUCCCGGUCCGCAGGGUAGCCGGAGUUUGUCUUUUCAGACAAAUGCAAAGGUAAAACAUGGUAAAACUUUGUAUACCCGGUGCCCAGGGCUUACGAAUCAACGUACCGUAAACAGCGCAACACGGAAAAAAGGGGCGCAAACGUAUGCUGUUACCGUUGGCUUUUCUACAGAAAUGUUUGGUGAUCGACUAGGAGGAAUGCCUUGAAGAUCAACCUGUCAAUCAACAUUAAAUAAAGGUUAAAAACAUGUUUUUAAUAAAUUAAAAUCGCGAUCCACCGGUUGGUGACCACUGUUAGAGAAGAAGAAGAAGAAGAAGAAGAAGAAGAAGAAGAAGAAGAAGAAGAAGAAGAAGAAGAAGGUGAAAAUAAAUAUCAUCCUUGUAAAAUGUGUAAAACCUUUUUGAGUUUUUUCUUGAUUUUUUCUUUGGACUGUUUUUCUGGGUUUACUUUAGAUGGUCACUACAACACUUUCUGUCAAUUGACCAAUAAAGACUUGUUUUAGAAUCUA